UAAACACCGUUUUAAAAAAGCUUGGAUAAUUUUGUACAUGGGUUUGCUUGUUGUGUGAACUCUGAGGGAAAGCGGUUUCUGGAUAUAUCUUGUAGUGGAUUAUUUCUACUCGUUGAUGAAUUAAAGGGAAAGCGACUGCCAUGACCACAGACGAGGCGGAGAGCGUUCAUAAGAAACAGGUGUGCGAGCAGCAGCAGGAAGAGGAGAACCUGGCUGCACAGGAGCCAGGCCCCGCUGACACCGUUCAGGACAGCCCCUCCGGCACCUCGCUGCCCCCCGGGGGCUCGGAGGAGGAACAGGAGCUGAAGCCGCGCCAGCGCACCUCUGCUGGCCGCGGCCUCUCCCGCCUCUUCUCCUCCUUCCUGAAGCGCCGCUCGCAGUGCUCGGACGGUGAGGGGGUGGAGACGGAGAGAGCCCGGGACAAGGACGGCCAGGAAGAGCCCAAAGCUCCCAUAGCGGACCCCGAGCCAGAACUGCGCAUAGAGGGCGAUGUUGCUGUAGACCAGCACUCAAUCAGCAGUGCUGAAAACCAGCAAAUCGUAGCAGAUCAGAAGGAAGACGCCAAGCUGGAGUCCGGCAAGGCAGAAAAGGGGGAGAAGGGGGAGAAGAAGGAAAAGAAGGAAAAGAAGGAGAAGAAGGAAAAGAAGGAGAAGAAGGAAAAGAAGAAAAAUGAGGACAAGGCCAAAGGAGAGGAGGGAGAGAAAGACAAGGAGUGUGAGAAGGAAAAAGAAAUAGUAGAGGAAGAGGCCAAGCUGGAAGACGCAGGUGCGGCAGAAACGGAGGUAAAGGAGGAAGGAGAAAAAGAGAAAGAGAAACAGGAGGAGAAUGUGGUGGAGGAGGAGGAGGAGGAGGAGGAGGGGAAGAAGCAGAAAGCAUCUCGCCACCCCGGGAUCCUGCAUUGCAAAGUCAAGCUGCUGGAUGAUACUCUGUUCGAGUGUGAGCUGGAAAAACAUGCCAAAGGCCAGGAGCUGUUUGCUAAAGUGUGUGACCACCUGAACCUGUUAGAGAAGGACUAUUACGGUCUGGCCAUAUGGGAGACGACAACCAUAAAGACAUGGCUGGACUUCACCAAGGAGAUCAGACGGCAAGUACAAGGCACCAACUACGAUUUCACAUUCAAUGUGAAUUUCUACCCGCCUGAUCCUGCCCAGCUAUCAGAAGACAUCACCAGGUACUACUUGUGUUUGCAGCUGCGGAAGGACAUCAAGAAUGGCCGCCUGCCCUGCUCUUUCGUGACCCUGGCCCUGCUGGGAUCUUACGCCCUGCAGUCUGAGCUGGGCGAGUACGACCUCGAGGUUCACGGCACCGACUAUGCCAAGGAGCUCCAGCUUAUCCCAGGACAGACCAAGGAGCUGGAGGAGAAAGUCAUGGAGCUUCACCGCACAUACAGAUCUAUGAGUCCGGCUCAGGCUGAUAUGAUGUUCCUGGAGAAUGCUAAAAAACUGGCCAUGUAUGGGGUUGAUCUCCACCAGGCAAAGGAUCUGGAUGGAGUGGAUAUAAUGCUGGGUGUUUGCUCCAGUGGCCUGAUGGUGUAUAAGGACAAGCUGAGGAUUAAUCGAUUCCCCUGGCCAAAGGUUCUCAAAGUCUCCUACAAACGCAGCAGUUUCUUCAUCAAGAUACGGCCAUCUGACCUGGAACAUUACGAAAGUGCCAUUGGCUUUAAACUGCCCAACUACAAGGCCGCCAAGAAACUGUGGAAAGUGUGUGUGGAGCAUCACACAUUCUUCAGGUUGACGUCCACAGAAGCGGCCACCACUCCCAGGAAGUUCCUGGCUCUGGGAUCGAAGUUCCGCUACAGCGGCCGAACUCAAGCCCAGACCCGCCAGGCCAGCUCCAUGAUCGACAGACCCGCUCCGCACUUCCAGCGCUCCGCCAGUAAGAGGGCGUCUCGCAGCUUAGAUGGAGCCAUGGUCUCGAUCCCAGAUAAGAACGCCCGUCCCGUCAGCGCUCCCAUCAUGUCUCCCAUCUCCCCAGGCGACAUGGCUCCUUCCCCAGUAGCAUCUGCCGCCCACACUGACCGUAAAGAGACAUCCACGCCCACGGGCCGUCCACGCUCCACUGAGAGGAAGAGUGAGGUGAAGGCAGAGGCCCAUGUGACAGGUGGUUCCAAAACACACAGCACCAAAGCAGAGGGCACACCUGAAAUCAAGACGGUAGCCCGGCGAGAACGGCGACACCGUGAUGCCCCGGUGGUGACGGCCACCAAUGGGGAGAGAAAGAGCCAGUCGCCACGGGCGGACACAGAGAUGGUGCGCAUGAGGAAGAAAAGAGCUAAGAAAAUUGAGGGUGAAACUGUUUAUAUCAGACAUAGCAAUUUAAUGUUGGAGGUUUGUAUGGAAACUCUGGAAAUGUCUUGUUUUUGCUGCUGCAUGUAUCACUGCAUGAGAUUCUGUUUCAUCUUGUUUCUUUCUUCAUUCUUCUCACCGCACUCUCUCUCUUGUGUUUUGGUUUGUUUUAGAUGGAAGCGGGCAGCAGGCACGUCCAGGCGACAGCAGGUAAGGGUCAGGUGGGCGCCCACACCAGGAGGCCCGCCGCUGCUGCAGCAUAUGGAGGAGGAUGAAGAAGAUGAUGAUGAUUGCAAUGAAGAAAAAGACUUUGAGGCUCAGGGACAUGGCGUCCAGGUCUCCAUAGCCGUGUCCACAGAGGAACCGGCCCGUGUCUGCCAGCUGUACCCAGUGCUCUCACAGUCUCCUGUGGUGAAGACGAAAACGAUCACCAUUUCUGAUGUCACCAACUCCCUUCGCAGCGAAAUCGCCAGCAAGGACAUCCCGAUUGUGCAUACAGAGACCAAGACCAUCACAUAUGAGUCUGCACAGCCCAACGCGCUUUCAGAGAAGGAGUCCGGGAUGCUGUUGAGUGCUCAGACCAUCACCUCAGAGACCGUCAGCACCACCACCACCACCCAGAUCACCAAGAUGGUGAAAGGCGGGAUCUCAGAGACCCGUAUCGAGAAGAGAAUCGUGAUCACUGGAGACACUGAGAUUGACCAUGAUAAGGCUCUUGCUCAGGCUAUAAAGGAGGCGAAGGAGCAGCACCCUGACAUGUCUGUGACUAAAGUGGUGGUGCAUCAGGAAACAGAGAUCACCCCUGAGUAACUCCUGCGUGAGACACAGGGAGAAAAAAAAUGAGACCAGUCGGGUUUAUGAAUGUGAAAAAACAACGCAAGAUCCCUCACAACCAGCCCCUUCCCAUCAACCCACGAGUUCCCCUAACGGACAAACACUUCCUGUAGCAGCACAUGUCCCACCCAGUCAUUGCCGUCUGAGACACCACUUUCCAGACCCUAAACAUCUGUCAGAUCUCAAGCGACUCAUACUGCAAACUGAGCAUCCAGCAGCUACUCCUGUGCAGCGUCGACAAGCAGAAUUCAAAGACCAGUUCUCAUCCACUUCUCAACACCUCAGGCAGACUUUUU